UAAAAAGAAUAGAAAGAAUUGAAUUUCUAAAUUGAAAAAGAAACCUAAAAAUUAUAAAUCUUUAAAACAAACAUACAAACAAACAAUAUGGAAAGAAGAUUAAUCAGUGAGAUCAAAGGGACGACUCAAACUAUUAUUCUUGUUGUUCUUUCCUUGUUCCUUUGGAAUUGUAACAAUAAUAAUAUCUAUCUCCUCUUCACAUCAUCAAUUUUAUUGGUUCUAUUUUCUUCUUCUUCUUCUCUCUCUAGAAAUCUUUUACUCUCUCUCUACAUACCCCCCUUUAUUAUAAUCAUCUUUCGAUUUCUUGAACCAAAUUGAAAUCCGCUUGUGGGUUAUCUUUGUUUCGUCAAAGGGUGUUGGAAAGUUGUAAACUUUAUGUCGGUUGGCAUCUGGGAACCCUAGUUUUUGUGGGUCUUGUGAUUUCUAGGGUUUCGUUUCAAGAUUCGGUUUAAUGGAGACUGGGUCCGAAGGAGAGAGCAAUCGGAACAUGAAUGAUCAGAUUAAUGGUCAAUCUGAUGGAUCCAAGAAGCCUAAACGCCAGAUGAAGACCCCUUUUCAACUUAAGAUGCUUGAAAGCACAUAUGCUUCGGAUAUGUAUCCGUCCGAGGCUGUAAGAGCACAACUAUCGGAAUCUUUAGGGUUAACCGAUCGGCAAUUGCAAAUGUGGUUUUGUCACCGUCGGUUAAAAGACAAGAAAGAAGGCACUGUGAAAGCAUCGGUUGGGGAACGCAAGGAGGUAUUAAAACCUGCUAAACAAGAGUUGGUUGUGGCUGACCGCGGCGGUGGUGGGAGUGACCACGGUUCACGGUCCAGGUCGCGUCAUGAGUCAUGGGCCAGGUCGGGUUCGGAUUCGGAUUCAGAUUCUAGCCAGUUCAAUGAGCCGUUGGUGCAUAGCAGGGCGUAUGAGUUGACUCAGCAGAAGAUGAUGUUACGAAGGAUAAUUGAUUGUGUGGAGGCUCAAUUGGGUGAACCGUUAAGAGACGAUGGACCAUCUCUUGGAACGGAGUUUGAUGAACUGCCUCCGGGUGCUUUUGGGACACCGAUAGCAGUGGUGAAGAAGCCUCACGGUCAAACUAGUAGGCGUUCUUAUGACGGAAAUCUAUUUGAGCCACCACCGAUCAAAGAUGAGGUGGCUGGUCUUCAGGAGGGUGGUGUUCCUAAUAUGAAACAUGAACCGUACAGAGCGGUCUCUCGGUUAUACGACUCACCCGGUGGUUACGCAAGUGACCAAAGAUUAGCUCUUCAAAACGGUCAACUGCCACCACCGUAUGGUGCUCUGGGACAUUCAAAGGGUGUUAGUUUAUCGGUGCCGAAAGGGGAACCAAGGUAUUUAUCAUCACCUAUAAACGAUAACGACUUCAUUCAACCUAAUGAAGAAGUUAUGCAAAUGUGGAGAAAACGCAAGAGUGAAGAUGGUGGAAGGGACGGUCCGUCAGAAAAGAGGAUGAUGAAGGAGCUCGAGAAAAAAGAUAUGUUGAGGAAAAAGAAAGAAGAACAAAUGAAAAAAGAAAUGGAGAGACAAGACCGUGAGAGACGGAAGGAAGAAGAAAGAAUGAUGCGGGAAAGACAACGGCAAGAAGAAAGAUUUCAACGCGAAGAAAGGCGUGAAAUGGAACGCAGAGAAAAGUAUUUGCAAAAGGAAUCUUUAAAGGCGGAGAGAAUGAGACAAAAAGAAGAGCUUCGAAGAGAAAAAGAAGCAAUAAAAAUGAAAGCUGCUAUCGAGAAGGCAGCAGCACGGAAAAUUGCGAAAGAAUCUAUGGAACUAAUCGAGGAUGAACGUUUAGAAUUGUUGGAAUUAGCCGCAUCUCAUAAGGGUUUGGCUUCGAUCGUUUCACUUGACUAUGAAACCUUGCAAAAUCUCGAUUCCUUUCGAGAUCAUUUAUGUUUGUUCCCACCAAAGUCUGUGCAAGUGCGGUUUAAAAGUCCGUUUUCUGAUCAUCCAUGGAUCGAUUCAGAAGAAAACGUUGGAAAUCUUUUUAUGGUUUGGAGAUUUUGUAUGACGUUUGCCGAUAUUCUCGGGCUUUGGCCGUUUACCCUUGAUGAGUUUAUUCAAUCUCUUCAUGAUUACGAUUCAAGAUUAUUGGGAGAGGUUCACAUUGCUCUCCUAAAGGUAAUAGUUCGAGAUAUCGAAGACGUCGCAAGGACACCCUCUGGUGGGCCCGGGACUAACCAAUACACGGUUGGUAAUCCCGAAGGUGGUCAUCCUCAGAUUGUCGAAGGGGCAUAUAUGUGGGGCUUUGACAUACGCAACUGGCUUAAACAUCUAAAUCCAUUAACAUGGCCUGAAGUACUUCGACAAUUUGCUUUGUCCGCUGGUUUUGGACCCCGGUUGAAAAAAGAUAAAGCCAAACAUCCGUGUUUGCCGGAAAAUGAUGAGGGUAAAGAUUGUGAGGACGUAAUUACCAUGCUACGGAACGGUUCAGCUGCUGAGAACGCAGCCACAUUGAUGCAAGAAAAAGGAACCCAUCUUCAAAAAAAGUCUCGACAUCGUAUGACUCCUGGGACGCUUAAAUUUGCUGCGUAUCAUGUUCUCUGUCUCGAGGGUAGCAAGGGCCUAAACGUCUUGGAACUUGCCCAAAAGAUUCAGAGAACGGGGCUUCGGGAUCUUACAACAAGCAAGACACCGGAUGCUUCAAUCUCUGUUGCGUUAUCACGGGACCCGAUUAUAUUUGAAAGAGUAGCUCCUUCUACUUAUUGUGUUCGGCCCGCUUAUAGGAAGGAUCCUGCUACUGCUGAUGAAGUUAUUUCAUUGGCUAAAGAGAAGAUACAGACGUACGCUAACGGAAUUUUAUCUGGGUUUAAUUUUGAGGAUGCUGAGAAAGAUGAAGAUUAUGAAUCUGAGGUUGUUGAGGGUCAAGAAAUUGACGAUUUUGGUACUUCGUCUAGUAUCAAAGACACCGGCUUUUUCGGUGAAGAUGUUAAAACGUCCGUUCGUGAAGAUGUUGAUGUAGAUAUGAAAACCGAAUUUGAAAAUGCUGGCGUUGGGACGAGUAAUAUUAAUCAAGAAAGUACCGAAAUUGACGAAAGAAAAUUAGGAGAGCCGUGGGUUCAAUCGCUUACAGAAGGGGAAUAUUCAGAUCUUUGCGUUGAGGAUCGUCUCAACGCUCUCGUUGCUUUAAUUGGCGUUGCCAAUGAAGGGAACACUAUUCGUGUAGUUCUUGAGGAUCGCUUAGAUGCGGCCACAUCCGCUAGAAAGCAAAUGUGGGCCGAAGCACAACUUGAUAAAAAACGUUUGAAAGAAGAAUUUACACCCAAAUAUCAAGAAUCUUCUUUCAUGGCGGCUACAGAAGGUAGUCAAAGCCCGUUGAUUCCGGGUCAAAACGGUUCUGCGUGCCAGACAAAUGGCCAAAUUCAGAACAAUGGAAAUUAUUCGACUGAAAGAUCACGAUUACAGUUGAAAGCUUUCAUUGGUCACAAAGCAGAAGAAAUGUACGUCUAUAGAUCGUUGCCGUUGGGUCAGGAUCGGAGGCAUAAUCGAUAUUGGCAGUUUGUGACAUCGAAUUCAAGACAUGAUCCCGGGUCUGGCAGGAUAUUCGUUGAAUUACAAAACGGUUGUUGGAGGCUAAUCGAUUCCGAAGAGGCAUUUGACGCUCUUCUGUCGUCAUUGGAUACACGUGGAGCUCGGGAAUCUCAUCUGCACAUAAUGCUGCAAAAAAUAGAGUCGUCAUUUAAACAAAACAUCAGAAGAAACUCAAAUAACACCGGUGUUUCAAGUUCCGAUUCAGUGGACCCGUCACCAUUUAAAAUUGAGUUGCAGAGAAAUGAAUUGGAGAAAGAAAACGCUAUGAAACGGUAUCAAGAUUUAGAAACAUGGAUGUGGAAAGAGUGUUUAUACUCAUCAAAUUUGUCGGCGAAGGCACAUGGUAAACAAGUGUGCACCCCGCUACAGGGGAUCUGUGAUUCUUGUCACGGGUCUUAUUGCUACGAGAAGGCUAUUUGCCCACGAUGCUAUAGGUCUUUUAGCACGUUUGGUGACAAAUUAUGUUAUCCCGAAGUAGAUAUUCAAGACGGUGAUCGUAAACCGAACAAUUCAAAUGACUGGGAUAUCACCCAUCCGAUAAGAAUCCGAUUGAUCAAAUCCAUGUUAAUGUUCUUGGAGGCUUCCGUCCCACGUGAGGCCCUGCAAUCUUCUUGGACCGAAUACAGUAGGAGUCCUUGGGGUUCAAAGUUGCAUGAUUCAUCGUCACCUGCGGAUCUUCUACAGGUUCUUACGCAGUUCGAGAGUGUCAUAAAACGAGACUAUAUGUCGUUGGAGUUUGAGACCACAGAGGAACUGCUUGGGACCUCUGGCUUAUCGGACCGGGUGGGAUCGGGCUCGGUCCCUGUACUUCCAUGGAUACCACAAACAACAGCUGCUGUCAGUCUCAGGCUUUUUGAGCUUGACGGCUCGAUUUCUUAUACUCCUGAACAGAAAGCCGAGCUUAAUAUGGUACAAAAAUCGAAAGAUAUUGUGGAUGAGAAAGCUCCGUUAAAGUUCACAUUUUUGAAGAACAUUGGGAAAACGUUGAACGCAGACCAUGGUAAACCUAUAAAACUGCCUCGUGGUGGUGGCGGUGGACGUAGUCGUGGUGGCGGGAAGUUGCAGAAACGUGCAGCGGGCUUAUCGAUCUCCGGUGGCCGACAAAAUGUUAGAGCCAAUGUUACAAUGAGUCAAGUUACUAAACAACAAGCACAUGCAAUGGGCCAACUAACGGUUCGGAAAAGAAUAAUUGAAAAGGCUCAAGAAGAAGAGCCCGUACGGAACUUCAUUGGUGAAGAAUGGAUUCAUGGACCGGUUGACAAAAUGGAAACCGACAAUCCUGAGUUCCAUGUUAGCGAAGAAGAAGAAACGAGUGAAUCUGAAUCUGAUGAUGAUGACGGUGAGGGGCAUCAAGUUGGGUUUGAAAUGGGAAAUGCGGAAAGUUCAGGGUAUGGAAUUGCAAAUAAUGAAAGUAGAUGGGGUGGAAUGGAAGUUAGCGAUGACGAGGGGUUUGAAAAUGUUGGAGAAGAUGAUGAGAUUAUGAAUGAUGAUUAUGUAGAUGGGAAUGAUGGAAGGAGUUUCAAGGUUGAAGAUUCGGAUUCGGAUUCUUUUGGUUCGGGUGAAUAUAGCGAUUGAAGUCUUAAAACACGGCGAAUAUUUAUAUCAAUUUUGAAGGUAGAAGAUGAUUUCUUUUUUUCAUGUUUUUUUUUUUUUUUUUUUUUUUUAGUUUUUAUACUGUGUUAUAACUAGUAGAUGUGUUUUUAUGCAUAAUCAUUGAUGUAGGAAACAAAAUAAACGUAUAAGUUGUAGUGACAUUACGGAUCCAAGAAUUGUCAUUAACGAGUCGUGGGUCAGGUAACAAGAUGAUUUAGACAAGCUUAAACGACCGCCAAUUAAAAUGAUAUAAACUUUCCAUGA